AUGGUCAAUCAGAGAAAGCAUACUGUACCCCAAUUGAUCUAUGAGCAUCGAGAUAAAGUUGCAAGAAAGUUGCAUGCCUCCUAUGUGGCUAUGACCAAAUGGAAGAAUUGCGUUGGUCCAAAUAUAGAGAGUAAGGUGCUGGAUAUAGUGGCUGGGUCUAACCAUAUGUAUGCUGAAAAUUAUGGUGGGGGAAGAGUGAAGGUGACAACAUCACGUGAAGACUAUCAGGUUGAUGUUGGAUUACACCAAUACAGUUACAGAUCUUGGCAAAUGACGGGGAUCCCUUGUUCCCAUGCUUGUGCUGCCAUCAAGAUUGUGCAUGGCAAUGUUUAUGAUUAUGUUGAUAAUUGCUAUAAAAAAUCAUCACAAGAAAAGAUUUAUGCUCUCAGUAUGAUUCCUGUGGUAACAACAUGCAUGCCUCACCCAAAUGACUACUAUAAAAUAGAAAAUGUCAGUGAGCAAGUUUUCUUGCUACCUCCCAUUACAUCUCGACCACCAGGAAGGCCAAAAGUAAACAAUGAUGAAUCACAGUUCCAGAACAAACGGAUAUACUAA